UCAAGAUGCUCUGCAACGCCUUCGGACUGCCCGGCUGUCAACUGGAGAAACUCAAUCUGGCGCGCUGUGGCUUCACGUCUGAAGGCUGUCGUUGGGUGGCUGGAGGGUUCAGUUUUGGCCCCACCUUCCUCAAACAGCUGGAUAUCAGCAGGAACCACCUGGGUGACUCGGAUGUUGCCGCGUUCUUCCUGUUCCUCAAAACGAUACGCUUUUCACUGGAGACCCUACGAGUGAGUGACUGUAAGCUGACAGAGCGAUGCUGUCCGGAGCUGGUCGAAGCUCUCAGCUCCAAGCUCACCAACCUGAAAGAGCUGGAUCUCUCUAGAAACGAACUGGGAGACAGCGGUGUAAAAACAAUCUGCAUGGGACUGACCUCAACAACCUGUAAACUGGAGAGACUGUUUCUGAGAUGCUGUGGGAUCACAGCAGAGGGCUGCUCCUCCUAGCCUUAGCCCUGAAGUCCAGCCACUCCAGCAUCACAGAGCUAGGCCUGAUGGGAAAUGACACGGGAGAAGAUGGACUGAGAAUUCUCUCUGCCA